GUUAAGGAUGUUGCAUUUGACAAAGGUGUAGAGAUUGUACAAGAUGUUCUGGGAUUAGGGGACCAAACAAACAACUCCAAUCCAAACAACCGUGCUCCAUCGGAGAAUAGACAAAAUGCUCGUGACCAGAGGACCUUGAACAAUAUUAUCCAGAACCAAUCAAACAAGGAGGUCAUAGAGAACGGAUACAAUUCAAACAGUAACGAUGGAGUCAUCAAUGAGGAUGGUUCUGUUGGAGGUCAA